AUGGCGGUGUUCGUGACGCGGCGGAUCCCGGCCGAGGGGUUACGGGUCCUGUCGCAGGCCGGCGGGUGCCUUGUCCAGCAGUGGGACUCGGAGGAGCCGGUGCCGCGGGCCGAGCUGCUGGCGGGCGUGGCGGGGAAGCGCGGGCUGCUCUGCCUCCUCUCCGACCGCAUCGACCGCGAGGUGCUGGAGGCCGCUGGGCCCGGCCUGAAAGUCAUCAGCACCAUGUCCGUGGGGUUUGACCACCUCGCCCUGGAGGAAAUUAAGAAGCGAGGGAUCCGUGUGGGGUACACCCCUGAUGUCCUGACGGAUGCCACCGCAGAACUCUCUGUAGCUUUGCUUCUGGCUGCGUGCCGCCGGCUGCCGGAGGCAGUGGAGCAGGUGAAGAAUGGUGGCUGGACAACAUGGAAGCCCUUGUGGAUGUGUGGCUAUGGUCUGUCUGAUAGUACAGUGGGCAUCAUAGGUCUGGGGAGAAUAGGACAGGCAGUUGCCCGCCGCCUAAAGCCAUUUGGGGUCAAGAAGUUUUUGUACACAGGCAGUUGCCCGAAACCAGAGAGUGCUGCAGAGUUUGACGCUGAGUUUGUCCCACUCACAAGGCUGGCUGAAGAGUCGGACUUCGUUGUGGUGACAUGUGCUUUGACUCCGGCCACCCAGGGAGUGUGCAACAAGGACUUCUUCAGCAGAAUGAAGAAGACCUCUGUGUUCAUCAACACGAGCAGGGGGGCUGUGGUGAACCAGGAGGACCUGUAUGACGCGCUGGCGCAUGGCCAGAUCGCAGCUGCAGGCCUGGACGUCACAACACCGGAGCCGCUGCCCACUGACCACCCCCUGCUCUCCCUCAAGAACUGUGUGAUUCUGCCACAUGUUGGGAGUGCCACGUAUGCCACGAGGAACACCAUGGCGGUGCUGGCAGCCAGCAACCUGCUGGCCGGGCUGCGAGGGGAGCCCAUGCCCCACGAGCUGCUGCUGUGAUGGCUGGAACCCCGCUCCUGCAGGGCGGCAGGACUUGGGAGUUAUCUUCCCCUGGAGAAGCCUCGCAGACCAGUCCUGUGCCUCCUCGCCUCUGCAGUAGCACACCAGCAGUGCCUGUGGUGAGGGAACUGUACUGUAGCCAUUAAAGAGAAGC